UCUCUCUCUCUCUCUCUCUCUCUCUCUUUAACUCUUCUUCGUUCCGUUUCUUUUCACCCGCAAGCAAGCAAGGAAGGAAGCAAUCGCAAACGCAGUUACAACCACCUGCUUAUAUAUCUGCCAGAGAUCUUAAUUCGAAUUCGGAGUAGGUGUUGAUCGACGGCGGUGAGCGAUGGGGAACUGUCAGGCAGCGGAGGCUGCGACGGUGGUGAUUCAACAUCCGGACAGAAAGGUGGAGAGGAUUUACUGGACGGUGAGUGCUCAGGAGGUCAUGGCUAUGAACCCUGGCCACUACGUCGCACUCGUCGUCCCGGUGGGAGCGGCCAAGUCCAAUGGCGGCACGCCGGCGAAGCAGCUGAAGCUUCUUCGGCCCGACGACGCGCUGGUGAUCGGACAGGUUUACCGUCUCAUCAGCUUCGAAGAUGUGUUGAAGGAGUUUUCUUCCAAGAAGUGUGGGAAACUCGACAAGUUGGCGGAGAGCUCUGCUCCGGAUAGGAAGAGUCCUUCCGGCGGGCCGAGCCUGAGUCCUGAGAUCUGCUCUUCUCUUCAGAUUGGGAACCAAGUUUAUCGACAAGGAAGAAGCAGUGGCAGCAGAGGUGUCGGAAGGCUCAACCUAGGCGGGGGACAAUGGAAACCAGCCUUACAGAGCAUUGCAGAAGUUGGAACCUGAACAGAAACACUGUUCCCUCUUCUUUUGGCUUGCUUUCGUCAAGUUUGUUUAAUAUUUAGCCAUACCUUGUGGACAUCUUCACAGAUGAAUCAAUCCAAAAGGGGAGUCUCGUGUAUGUUAUCAUCUCUUGCUUAUUAAUAUUCUAAAAGAAGAAA